AUGAGGACGUCUGUAGUGUUGCUGGUGUUGCUGGCGGUGGCUUCACACACUGCUGCAAAGUCCAAAAACCGUUUCACUCGCUAUCCAUCAUGGAACACUAAGAUGUACCCGAUCUGGAAGGACGGAGACGCCCGAUACAAAGACUCCUGGAAAGGCGGCAGAGUGACUUUCAACGUAGAUAAUGAUUCACCGACUCUGACUGGAGCCAAAGUCACUUUCACCAUCGACUUGGAGUUCCCACACAACCAGAAGGUGCAGCCGGAUGGGGACGUUGUCUGGGCUGAAGACUGCGUUGUCAAUGGAACAAAGUACAGUGAAUCUGAGCCAGUAUACCCAACACAGAACGCAGACUGGGAAGCUGUUUUCCCCGAUGGGACACCAAUUAAGAAGGACAAGAAGCCGAACUAUGUGUUUGUCUGGAAGACCUGGGGUCAGUACUGGCAGGUGGCGGACUGUUCCUCGUCCUCUCUGACCAUCGAUACAGAUGACAUCCCACUGGGCUCCUACACCAUGGACAUCGUUAUCUACCACUACCGCAGCAAGGAGAAGUUCAUUCCUCUGGGAUACGCCUCCACUCAGUUCUCCAUCACUGAUCAAAUCCCAUUCGCCGUCUCUCUGGACCAAGUGAACGACAUUGUGGCUGGAGACAUGCGCUUCAUCCAGAACAGAGCCAUUGCCUUCACCAUCACCCUCCACGACCCCAGCAAGUACCUCGGCAACGCUGACAUCACCUUCAACUGGGACUUCGGGGAUGAGAGCGGAGCCCUGAUAUCCAGAGAGCUGACCGUCACUCACACCUACAUUAACUCUGGAUCCUUCAGACCCCAGGUGGUGAUCCAGGCCGUGAUCCCAGAUAAGGCCUGUGACCCACCAGUGGACCCCCCAACCAAGGCACCUUCUGAUCACCAAACAACAGUGAAAGCUCCUGUACUGGAGUCCGCUGUCCCAAUACUGAUAACCACCAAAGCAACUGGUCUGACUGUCAACAUGGUUCCUUCAGACACAGAGGAGGACAACAGCGAGGAUGAGGCCUCCACCGCCUCCACAGCUCAGCCCGGUCAGGAAACAUCCGCAGUGGCCAAGACUCCCUCCCCCAUCAACACCGACAGGCCUGCUGGCUCAGCCUCGGCCGCAGCCUCCCGUGCAGUGACACUAACAGGCCAAGCUAAAGUGGUAGUGCUCACUAAAAGGGACACUAAACCCGAUAAACCCUCUGAUGAUGACUGCGUGAUUUAUCGAUACGGCUCCUUCUGCACUGGCAUCGAAGUGGUUGAGGGCAUUGAAAAGGUAGAGAUUGUGCAAAUGGACAAUGCUGUGAUGGAGACACCUGGAAAGGACAAACACGUUUUGGAUCUCACUGUUACCUGCCAGGGAAGCCUUCCAAAAGAGGUGUGCAGUGUGAUUCUGGAUGCGCAGUGUUUGAGGCCGAUUCACACCAUAUGCAACAUGGUGGAGCCGUCCAGAGAGUGCCAGCUAGUAUUGCGUCACUUCUUCAAUGACUCUGGUAUCUACUGCAUCAAUGUGUCCAUGGCCAAUGAUGUCAGUUUGGCUGCCACCAGCGCCAAAGUCAAUGUCGACAUGGGCUCAGAUUUGUCCUCUUCUGGCACUAUCGUCAUGAUGUUGGGUGUCCUGGCACUCGUCCUGGCUGUAGGAAUAGUGGCAUAUUCUUACAAACGCCUGAAGUCCUACCGUCCUCUGAAGGAAGACGUCAUGGUGUCCGUAGAGCCGCAGCUCGGCCGGGCACACACUUCCUCCGCAGCAUCGAUGUUCUGGGGCCUCCUGAACAGGCGAGGAGCCGUCGACAACUGCCCUCUGCUGCAGGAGGGGCCGGUGUGA